GAUAUAUAGCAUUGUAGGUCAAUAUUUUGGUUGAUUUUCCUUUUCGUAUAAUGUACUGCAUAAUGUAUCUACUGCUAACUGCAAAUAAUUCUGUUAUCUCGACUUACUUAUUUGUAGGAAACAUGUUCGAAAGGGAAACGUCGGUUACCAAGAUUCAAAAUGAUGACAAGAAGAGGAACAUGUUGAAGUACCUUAAUAUUUUUUUGCUAACCGAAGUGAAGGAUAAGCUGGACUUUCUCCACAUAAAGACGUUCACACCUACGAACAUUGACAAGUUGGUAAAAAGCCUGCAGUGCGAUCUAGAUUUGCACAUUGAUGAGAAAAAAGACAAGACUUCGGCAAAUAGGAAGUUGCUAAUAUCUACAAUCUGUGAGCUGAUCACCGCCCUCAAAAAGAUAAAGGGAGGUAGGAGUGGUGAUGGACAGAGUGGAAGUCUGACAAAGUUAGACGAAGACAUCAAGAAAGUUUUUUGGAACUUCUUUACAGCUAAAGACGACAAGCAACCCGGAGAAGACAGUGUUGAUGGAGGAGAACAAUUGGCAACAACUGUUAACGAGGCUCCGAUCAGGGUCUCUAAUAUUUUCGAGAGAUGCGACAUAGGUGCUAUUCAGAGAGUGAUAAAGAAGAUGCCCCCGGUUCCCGUCACGAAACCUGGAUCAUUGACAGCCCCCGAGAGUGAACAGAGUGCUGUUCAGAGAAUAGCUUUGGCCAUCCGGAGCGAGCCCCGGGCCCCCGUCGCAAAACCCCCCGUUCAACCGGACACCACACCAGCAGCCGGGCCUGCGCCUCCAACCGGCAAGGUCCGAAAAGACCACAUAUCCAGACUUCAGAAAGAGUCCGAGAGUCGCCUGAAGAGACGACAUCUUCACCCCAAGGGCCUCCGAGAUACUUCGGCGACAAUGGUUGAGGAGGCUUUGAAGAUCAAUCCGGUGAUAGGAGCCGUGGCCGAACAGGCGAGACAGAUCCUCCAGGAGGAUAGAUGGGAUGUGUUCGGCAAGAGUAUUGCCCAGCUGUCGGCUGUCGCAUAUCAAGACGAACUGGAGCUCAUGGAGCACGCAGGAAAGAUCCUACUCAAGAUCGCGGCAGACGCGAAGACAGCUGGAACUGAUUGAAAAGCCUCCUUCGGAGCUCUUCGGACGCAGCUUGUCCCUCGACGAUUCUCCUAACCAUCUUGUGGAUUCUGGGGAGAGGACAAGGACAAGAUUGCAUUAUUAUUUUAAUUAUGUCAACCCGAUUGAGAUCCAGAGAUAAGUUAUGGCUUCCCAUCUUAGACCACAACUCAGCUCUUUAUCUGCAUAAAAGAAACACCACCCGCCAGAUUAAAUUCACUUAAAUUCCAUCAUUUGUAUUAGGUCAAUGAAACUGCAUACAUAACAAGCUUAGACAUUUCCUCGAAUA